CCUAAAGCAGUAAAGUGAUCACAGUGUGGUUCAUUCUUAUCAAAAGCAUGCUGCUGAAACUGUGAUCUUAUCCCUAAAAGCAUCAUUAUAUGCACUAAACAAUGAUAAGAAUCUCCACUAAGAAUCCAUAAAGUGAAAGGCGUAGAGCAACCUCCCUCCAUUCUUUCUUAACAUCCAAGUAAGAAAAGAUCUGCCCACAGGGCACUCGAAAAUUUAAAAUCCUGUUCAGAAUGCUCUGGACCAGGAAAAGGGAAGCAUCAUUACAACACCCUACAAAACUAGGAAAGGUGGCCCCUUUUUUUUGAAAAAAAAGAAAAACCGAAACCACAUUACCAAGGCAGUCCAAUCUCCAAGCUCAAAACAAUAUAAAGAAAGAAAAAAGAAGUGGAAAGUAAUCCCCACUCCCAGACCCAGCAGUCCAAGAAAGAAAGCAAGCAAAGAAGCAAGAACAAUACCAACCAGUCUGAGAGAGAGAGAGAGAAGAAAAAGAGGAGUUGAGAUGGCUGUGUACCGAUUCAGCAACACGGUGAUCGGAUACUUGAAUCUUUUGACGCUACUGGCGUCGAUUCCGAUCAUCGGAGGGGGGCUGUGGCUGGCGCGGAGCUCGGCGACGUGCGAGUCGUCGCUGCAGACGCCGCUGCUGGUGCUGGGUUUCGUGGUGCUGCUAGUGUCGCUGGCGGGGUUCGUGGGGGCGUGCUUCAACGUGGCGUGGGCGCUGUGGCUCUACCUCCUGGUGAUGCUCGUCCUCAUCGCCGCGCUGCUAGGGCUGACGGUGUUCGGGUUCGCCGUCACCGGCGGCGGCGGCGGGGUACAGGUGCCUGGCCGGGGGUACAGGGAAUACCACAUGGAGGACUACUCCGGGUGGCUUCGGCGGCGGAUCACGGAGGACCGGUACUGGACGGCGGCGCGGGCCUGCGUCGUGGGCUCCAAGGCCUGCGCCAAGAUUGCGCUCUGGACUCCCUUGGACUACCUCCAGAAGGACCUCACGCCGAUCCAGUCCGGGUGCUGCAAGCCACCGACGUCGUGCACGUACAGCGCGGGGACGGCGAUGGCGGCACAGGACGAGGACUGCUACCGGUGGAACAACGCGGCGAGCGUGCUGUGCUACGGCUGUGACUCGUGCAAGGCCGGCGUGCUGGAGCAGGUCCGGCGGGACUGGCACAAGCUUUCCGUCCUCAACGUCGUCGUCCUCGUCUUCCUCAUUGCCAUCUACUCCAUUGGCUGCUGCGCCUUCCGCAACGCCCGCCGGGCCGAAUCCGAGCACCCCUACGGCGAGAACCGCAUGUCCAAAAUCCGACCCCGCUGGGACUACUACUGGUGGAGGUGGUGGCGUGACAGAAGGGAACAGCUCUAUUAGCUCCCUGCUUCGCGUCUCUGCUCUGUGUCAUGACAGAUGGUAUCAUGAAGGCUGUGCUGGGUUUCUUUAAGCUGUAGAUUUUGGUUGUGUAUAGAGUGGUAGUGCUAGGAGACGGAUGAAGCUCCAUUGGGAUGCAUGCUGAGGAGGAUUUUGGAAGGGAAUGAUUUGUUUGUCCAGGUCUCUGCUGCGAAAUGAUGGUCAUUGGCUGCAUCGCUCAUUAACAUGGCAUCUACAUCAGAUGGAGAUGGUUGAGAGCAGGCAUCGUCCCAAGUUGUGGAGAAUGCAUGCUGAGAAUAGAUUCCAUAUUGACAAAAGAAUGGAUGCUUGCUCCAAUGUUGAGAACAAAAUGGGCACAAUUCUAGUUGGAGACCACGGAUGAUGUACAAAUGCAGUUGUGUAUGAGCUUUUUUUUUAUGAAAUUCCAUUAUCUUUUAUACCCA